UUCAAUUAAAAAACAACGUCCUCUGAUUGAAGAGCGCGCAGCACAAGCAUCGGAGUAGGACUUGGAGAAAGAGCGAAACAGAGCGAUGAAAAUGUUGCGAUCACUCACUCUUCAACCAUCUUCUUUACUUUUCAAAUUCAAUUUCAACAUGAGUACUGUUGUAAACACGCAGGCGUUCUCCUCCGCCGCGUCACCGCCAUCGAAGGCGGUCGUAUACGAGGCACACGGCCAACCAGACGAGGUCACCAAACUGGUGAACAUUCCGGGUGUGGAACUGAAAGAGAAUGAUGUGUGCGUCAAGAUGCUGGCUGCUCCGGUUAACCCUUCCGACAUUAAUAGGAUACAAGGUGUAUAUCCCGUGAGGCCAGAACCACCUGCUGUUGGUGGUUAUGAAGGCGUUGGAGAGGUUUACUCCGUUGGCUCCGCCGUAACGUCUUUCUCUCCCGGCGAUUGGGUUAUUCCCUCUCCACCUUCUUUCGGGACAUGGCAGACAUACAUUGUGAAGGAUCAAAAUGUGUGGCACAAGGUAAACAAGGGUGUGCCUAUGGAAUAUGCUGCUACAAUUACUGUUAAUCCUCUCACUGCUCUUCUCAUGCUUGAAGAAUGCAUUACUUUGAACUCAGGAGAUGCUAUUGUACAAAAUGGGGCAACCAGCAUGGUUGGCCAGUGUGUCAUUCAGCUUGCAAAAUCUCGUGGUAUUCACAGCAUUAAUAUUAUACGGGACAGUCCUGGGGUUGAUGAAGUUAAAGAAAGACUUAAGGAUUUGGGCGCAGAUGAAGUUUUCACUGAAAAUGAAUUGGAAGGGAAAAAUGUCAAGAGUCUUCUGGGUGGUAUACCUGAACCUGCACUGGGAUUUAACUGCGUUGGCGGCAAUUCUGCUUCUAUGGUUCUCAAAUUUUUAAGACAGAGAGGAACUAUGUUGACAUAUGGUGGAAUGUCUAAAAAACCUGUCACUGUAUCUACUUCAUCCUUCAUAUUUAAGGACCUUUCCUUGAGAGGUUUCUGGUUGCAGAAUUGGAUAAGCACAGAUAAAGCUGAAGAGGGCAGGAGAAUGAUAGACCGGCUUUUGGGUCUUGUACAAGAUGGAAAGUUAAAAUAUAAGAUGGAAUUGACUCCCUUUAAAGAUUUCAAUACAGCAUUAGAUAAAGCUCUAGGAAAACUUGGUAGCCAGCCCAAGCAAGUUAUCAAAUUCUAAAUCGAAACGUGGGAUUGGAUUUUAGGCGUGUGGUUGAUAUUAAUUUUUGCGAGGAAUGAGUUCUGCAUUCUAUCUCGCUGUUAAGUACACACUUGUAGGAAUCUCAUGCUUAUAGUUAGGAAUAACAAUUGAAUUCAUACUUGAUGGUUACUUCCGAAAAAUACUUAUGAUAGGAUAAUUGCUU